GGAUUAUAUAAGCCUUCAUGACUUCCUUGUUGACUUUGUCAGCAGAAAUUUUUCUUGAAUAGGCUGCCUGUGACUGCAGACCUUCACAACCCCAUCAGCCAUGAGAGUGGUUGUGCUUGCCCUGACUCUAGCCAUUGUGGCUGGUCAACAUCAUAACCUUGUUCCAGAGUUUACUGCUGGUAAGACUUACAUGUACAAGUAUGAGACACUGAUCUUGGGUGGCCUGCCAGAGGAAAGUUUGGCAAAAGUUGGGCUCAAAGUUAGCAGCAAAGUUCUCAUCAGUACUGCAGCUGAAAAUAUAUACAUGCUGAAGCUUGUGGAACCUGAGCUCUACGAGUUCAGUGGCAUCUGGCCUAAGGACCCUUUAAUUCCAGCAACCAAGCUGUCUACAGCCCUUGCAACUCAGCUCAUGACUCCCAUCAAGUUUGAGUAUGCCAGUGGUGUUGUUGGAAAAGUGUUCGCCCCUGAGGGAAUCUCAACAAUGGUGCUGAACAUUUACAGAGGUAUCCUGAAUGUCCUUCAGCUCAACAUCAAGAAGACACAGAACGUCUACGAGUUGCAGGAGGUGGGAGCUCAGGGUUUGUGCAAGACCCUCUAUGCCAUCACUGAAGAUGAAAAGACUGAUCGCAUCCUCUUGACAAAGACCAGGGACCUGAACCACUGUCAGGAGAAGAUCAUGAAGGAUAUGGGGUUGGCAUACACUGAAAAAUGUGCUAAAUGCCAGCAGGAUUCAAAGAACCUGAAAGGAGCAACAUCAUACAACUACAUCUUGAAGCCAGUUGCUAGUGGUGUCCUGAUCCUGGAGGCAGCUGUCAAUGAGCUGAUCCAGUUCUCACCUUUCACUGAGAUGAAUGGAGCUGCUCAAAUGCAGACAAAACAAUCCUUGGUAUUCCUUGAGAUUAAGAGGGCCCCUAUUUUACCCAUUGAAGCUCAGUACCUUCACCGUGGAUCUCUGAAGUAUGAGUUUAGCACUGAGCUUCUGCAGACACCCAUUCAGCUCAUCAAGAUCAACAAUGUACAGGCCCAGAUUAUAGAGAUUCUGAAUCAUAUGGUUACCCAUAAUAUGGAGAGAGUCCAUGAGGAUGCCCCGCUCAAGUUUCUGGAACUCAUUCAGCUCCUCCGUGCAGCUCGUUUUGAGGACCUGGAAAUGCUCUGGAGCCAAUACAGAACCAAAGCUGCCUACAGGCAGUGGAUCCUGGAUGCCAUCCCUGCCAUCGGAACUCCUGCUGUUCUGAGAUUCAUCAAGGAGAAAUUCAUGGUCGAUGACCUGACGUUUGCUGAGGCAGCUCAAGCUUUCCUUGCCUCUAUUCAAAUGGUGACAGCAAACACUGAGGCCAUCAAGCUCAUUGAGUCCCUGGCAGUCAACAGCAAAGUAGCGGAAUACCCAGCUCUGCGUGAGAUCAUCCUCCUAGGCUAUGGUACAAUGAUUUCAAAAUACUGCGCUGAGAUGGCUGUCUGCCCUGCAGAACUCAUAAGGCCCAUACAGGACCUCCUUGCAGAGGCUGUUGCUAAAGAUGAGACCCAGGACAUCAUCCUGUUUCUUAAGGUUUUGGGUAAUGCUGGCCAUCCUACUAGCCUCAAGCCAAUAACAAAGAUCCUGCCCAUACAUGGCACUGCAGCUGCAUCUCUGCCUACCAGAGUCCAUGUUGAUGCUAUCAUGGCUUUGAGGAGCAUUGCAAGGAAGGAGCCCAGAAUGAUCCAGGAAUUGGUUCUUCAGCUCUACAUGGACAAGGCUCUUCAUCCAGAGCUUCGCAUGCUUGCCUGCAUCGUUCUGUUUGAGACAAGGCCUGCAAUUGGUUUGGUGACAACCAUUGCCAAUAUUGUGAAGAGAGAGGAGAAUUUGCAGGUAGCAAGCUUCACCUAUUCUCAUAUGAAGUCCCUAACCAGGAGCACUGCAGCUAUCCAUGCCCCAAUCGCUGCUGCUUGCAACGUAGCCAUAAAACUCUUGAGCCCAAGACUAGGCAGACUGAGUUUGCGUUUCAGCAAAGCCAUCCACAUGGAUGUCUACAACAAUCCCUUGAUGCUUGGUGCUGCUGCCAGCGCUUUUUACAUCAAUGAUGCUGCCACCAUUCUGCCCAGAGCUGUUGUAGCCAAGACGAGCGUAUACCUUGCUGGAGCUGCUGCUGAUGUUCUGGAGUUUGGAGUAAGAACUGAGGGACUCCAGGAGGCUCUUCUGAAAAACCCUGCUCUCAAUGAUAAUGCUGACAGGAUGACCAAGAUGAAGCGUGUCAUUAAGGCUCUCUCUCAGUUGCGAUCUCUGCCCACCAAUACACCUCUGGCCUCUAUCUAUGUCAAAUUCUUUGGACAAGAACUUGCCUUUGCCAACAUUGACAAAGCCCUGAUUGACCAGGCCAUUGCACUUGCCACUAGUCCCUCCAUUCAGACAAUGGGUAAGAACGCCAUCAGGGCUCUGCUAUCUGGUGCUUCCUUCCACUUUGUUAAGCCUGUCCUGGCCACUGAGGUGAGGCGUAUCCUGCCUACUGCUGCUGGUCUUCCAGUGGAGCUCAGCCUGUACACUGCUGCCGUGGCAGCCGCAGCUAUUCAAGCCAAAGCCACCACAACACCAGCUCUGCCAGAAAACUUUCUUUUUGCACACCUUCUGAAGACAGACAUUCAGCUCGAGACUGAGAUCAGACCAAGUGUUGCUGUGAACACAUUUGCUGUCAUGGGGGUAAACACCGCCUUAAUCCAGGCUGCCAUGCUAUCAAGAGCUAAAUUGAACUCCAUUGUGCCAGCCAAAAUCGCUGCAAGACUUAAUGUCAACGAGGGCCACUUCAAGUUUGACGUCCUGCCUGUUUAUGUGCCUGAACAUGUUGCAGCUGUGCACGUUGAGACUUUAGCUAUAGCAAGAAAUAUUGAGGAUCUUGCUGCUGCAAGAAUCACACCCAUAAUCCCUGCCCAGGUCAUGCAGCCCAUCUCUUUGGAGGCUCUCACAUCCAAGAUUACUUCAUCUGCUGCUGCAAGUUUGCCACAAUCCGCAGAGGUUGUUAACCAAGUCGUGGCAGAUGCCAAGCCCAUUAUAAAACGCAAAGCAGCUCAGUUUGAGAAGAAGUAUUGUGCUAAAGCUGUAGCCGUUGGACUGAAGGGCUGUUUAAAGGUUGCCACUGAAAAUGCCGCUUUCAUCAGGGACAUUGCCCUGUACAAAAUGGCUGGAAGACACACAGUUGCUCUUUCUUUCACACCAAUUGAAGGGGAAGUCAUUGAGAGACUGGAGAUGGAGAUUCAAGUUGGACCAAAGGCGGCAGAGAAGCUCAUUAAACAGAUCAGUCUGAGUGAGGAAGAAGUUGUUGAGGGAAGGCCCGUCUUGAUGAAGCUAAGGAAAAUCCUGGCUCCUGGUCUGAGGAAUAGCUCCUCACCCUUCCCUUCUAGCUCCAGCAGCUCUCCCUCAAGGGUGAGCUCAAGGUCUUCUUCCAGCUCCUCAGCUCGUGUCAGCAGCAAGGCCAUUGAUGUAGCUGUUCCAACCACAAGACUUUAUACCAGCAGCAUUAGCAGCAGGAGCAGCAGGAGCAGGAGCAGAAGCAGCAGUAGCAGCAGCAGUAGACUCAGUUCCUCCAGAUCUAUGAGCAGAUCCUCCACAUCCAGCUCCGCAUCUAGCCUGGCAUCACUCUUCAGUGCCAGCUCAAGUUCUUCUCGCUCCAGUGCACAUCUUUCACAGCGAGUGAUUUAUCGCCACAAGUUCCAGAAGAACCACAAGAAGCAGGCUUUAAUUUCUCAAGCCACCUCAGCAGCAUUUUCCAGGAGCAGAAGCAGCGCAUCAAGCUUUGAGGCAAUCUACAGACGGAACAAAUUCCUUGGCAACGAGGUAGCUCCAACCGUUGCCAUCAUCUUCCGUGCUAUCAGAGCUGACAGAAAGAUGCAGGGAUACCAACUGGCAGUCUAUCUGGACAAACCUACCACCAGACUCCAGAUUAUUCUGGCAGCCUUGGCUGCUGAAAACAACUGGAAAUUCUGCGCUGAUGGAGUUCUGCUUAGCAAGCACAAAGUCACAGCUAAGUUUGCUUGGGGAGCAGAAUGCAAGCAGUAUGACAUCAUGAUCACAGCAGAGACUGGUCUCGUUGGUCCAAGUCCGGCAGCUCGCCUCAGAGUAGCCUGGAAUGAACUGCCUUCUGCUUUAAAACGCUAUGCCAAGAAGAUGUAUGAUUACAUUCCUGCUUCCAUGAUGGCUGACUUAAUUCAAGGAAAAGAUGAAAACAGCGUCUCACAACUCUCAUUUACAGUGGUUGCCACGUCUGACAGGACCCUCGACCUCAUCUGGAAAACACCAACACAUACCAUCUAUAAGCUGGCUUUACAUCUUCCCAUCGCUCUCCCUCUUGAUGAGAUCAGAGGUCUUACCCCCUUCGAUGGCCUUGCAGAUAAAGCCCACUAUUUGUUUGCCAAGGCUGGUGCAGCCGAAUGUAGCUUCAGCAAAGGCACACUGACCACGUUCAACAACAGGAGAUACAAGAAUGAAAUGCCAUUAUCUUGCUACCAAGUUCUGGCACAGGAUUGCACUGAUGAGCUGAAAUUCUUUGUUCUGCUGAAGAAGGACCACAUUGAACAGAACCAUAUCAAUGUGAAAAUUGCUGACAUUGAUAUUGACCUGUACCCGAAGAACUAUGACGUGAUUGUGAAGGUCAAUGGAAGGGAAAUACCAAUCAGCAACUUGCCAUACCAGCAUCCCACAGCUAAAAUUCAGAUCAGGCCAAACGGUGAAGGAAUCUCUGUAUACGCUCCAAGCCUUGGAUUGCAUGAAGUCUACUUUGACAAGUCCUCAUGGAAGGUUAAAGUUGUGGACUGGAUGAAAGGACAGGCUUGUGGUAUCUGUGGAAGGGCUGAUGGGGAAGUCAGACAGGAGUAUCGCACACCCAAUGGACGUGUGACCAAGAACGCAGUCAGCUACGUUCAUUCCUGGGUUCUGCCAGCUGAGAGCUGCAGGGACACCACCGAGUGCCGUAUGAAACUUGAGUCUGUGCAGCUGGAGAAGCAGAUGAUCUUCCAUGGUGAGGACUCUAAAUGCUUCUCUGUUGAGCCUGUGCUGCGCUGCCUGCCCGGCUGCUUCCCCGUGAAAACCACCGCCAUCACUGUUGGCUACCACUGCGUGCCUGCCGAUUUUAAUCUGAACCACUCUGAGGGUCAGAGCAGCAUCUAUGAGGAAAGUACUGACCUGAGGGAAUCAGCUGAAGCCCACCUAGCAUGCAGCUGCACUGCUCAGUGUGCUUAAUAACACUUUGUCCUGUCAGUCACCUACCUAAUAUGUAUGAUAUGAAUGUAAUUUUAAAUAAACUGCAUCUCAGAAUAAGCUUUCAGGAAGCUGUUUCAAUUAUCCUGUCUUCACAGAGCUGCAGUGAUGGAAUACUUAAAAGG